ACGGCGGCCGAGGUGGCGGAAUCGCGGGGUGUGGAGAGGGGCGGUGUGAAGGCGAGAAAAGACGAUCCGGCUCGGAAAGUGGUUUCUGCCGGUCGCUGGGAACAUUGGAGUACUGGAUCUCGAUCUGUGGGGCGGGGUCCUUGGAGGGGACCGAGCGCCCGCUCCGAGGAACGGGCGGUUUGGUCGCAGGUACCAGUGCUGGAGCCUGAUUGGUUGGAGCAACAUCCCUAAACCCCUGGGAAGCCCAAUCCCUUGGGGGCCCAAGGAAUCCCCAAUAUAGUACUCCUACCUCUCCCAUAAUCGCAAGGCUCCUUCCCUAGUGGCUUAUGUCCCUUGUCCGGGGUCAUGGAGACAUUGCGGCCACCACGACGGCGCCUCUGUCUGAAGAAGGGGAAGUGACCUCCGGCCUCCAAGCUCUGGCCGUAGGGGAUACCGGAGGCCCCUCGGCUUCGGUCAAUAAAGCCGAGGAAGAGGGGGGAGGAGGCCGGGAGGAGGCCGAGCUUGAGGGGUCUGGGGCUGCGGAGGUACAAGGAGAAGCCCCCAGCACUGAGGGGGAAGAACAUGCCAAGGGAGAAUCCGAGGACUGGUACGUGCCCUGCAGCGAUGAGGAGGUGGAGCUGCCCGUGGAUGGGCAGGCCUGGAUGCCGCCUCCCUCCGAAAUCCAGCGGCUCUAUGAGCUGCUGGCUGCCCACGGUACCUUGGAACUUCAGGCCGAGAUCCUGCCCCGCCGGCCACCCACGCCUGAGGCCCAGAGUGAAGAGGAGAGAUCCGAUGAGGAGCCAGAGACCAAAGAGGAGGAAGAGGAAAAACCCCGCAUGCCCACAGAAUUUGACUUUGAUGAUGAGCCAAUGACACCAAAGGACUCCCUGAUUGACCGGAGACGCACCCCAGGAAGCUCAGCCCGGAGCCAGAAACGGGAGGCCCGCCUGGACAAGGUCCUCUCGGACAUGAAGCGACACAAGAAGCUGGAGGAGCAGAUCCUUCGUACUGGCAGGGACCUCUUCAGCCUGGACUCAGAGGACCCUAGCCCCACCAGCCCCCCACUCCGGUCCUCAGGGAGUAGCCUCUUCCCCCGGCAGCGGAAAUACUGACUGCUGCUGCCUUAGGGUGCAGGAUGUGUACCUGCCUGGGCCUUGGCCCUCCUUCCUUAACCCAGGGCACUGAGAAACUUGGGAAGAGUAGAGAAACUCCAAGCUCCCAACACAGCACCUUGCCAGAAAGCAGGCAUAUGUGUGUGUGUGUGUUUUCUGUUGAACAUCUAUUUGGAGACCUGGGCUGAAUUUUCUGAAUCUGAAAUAAAAUAUACGAAGUUA